CUUGAUGGUUGCUUGCUCUUUCAAGUCAUAGCAAAAUUCCUAGAAAACCACCUCCAUCUUUAAUUAAUUCAAUAAAACCUCACCUAAUAUUUUGAAACUUCAACUUUUAUUUAUUUAUUUACUUAUUUAUUUUUUGUUCCAAUUUACUAUACUACUCAUCCUAGCUUCUAAUCACUCUUCUAAAUCCAAAAUCACCUUCUUGGAGAUGGAUCUUGAUGAAUGGGAAUCAAUCUCUAAUGAUGGCUAUAUUGAUUUCAAUGAAGAUGGUGAGAAAAAAAGUGCUCUUGACAUGGAAUAUUUGUAUCCUUCACCACCAAGAAAACAAAACCAACUUGUCCCUUUACAAAUUCCACUAGACCUCAAAAUUGGUAACACCUCAAAUGAUGUUUUAUUGAAAGAUAUCACAAAAAAUCAAUCUCUUGAAGAUGAUCAAGAAGAAAAUGUGUCACAAGUUUUCUUUAAGAUUAAGGAAAAUGAAAUUGGUGACAUGAAAAUUGAAUCACCAAAGUCAAGUAGUAGCAAAGAGUUUAUUACUUCUCCAAGAAUGAUUAUUGAGAAAGAUGAUUUUGGUGACAAAGAAGAGGAUUCAAGUUGGGAAGAAGAGAAUAAUAGUGGUUUCAAUUUAUGGAAAUGGAGUCUUAGUGGUGUUGGUGCUAUUUGCACUUUUGGUGUUGUUGCUGCUUCUAUUUGUGUUUUGUUCUUUGGAAGCCAACAAAGGAAAAAACUUCAGAAGGAUCAGAAGAAUAGGUUCCAAAUUUAUGCUGAUGACAAGAGGAUUAAGCAAGUGGUGCAGCAUGCAACAAAAUUGAAUGAAGCAAUUUCUGUUGUAAGAGGGGUUCCAAUAACAAGAGCUCACAUAACAGUUGGUGGAAACUAUGAUUUCUUUGAUUGAAGCAUCAAUUAAGUUCCUUCAUGAAACAUUGGUCUUUGGAGUAUAUAAUGGGAACAAGUGGCAUAAGUCUUGCUUUAUCAUAUAGUAUUAAUGCAAAUAACAUGAUGCACUAUGCUGUUCCCUUAAUGCUCAUCCUUGUACUGUAUAUAUACCAUAUAUAAUCUCUAUGGUCUUGUAAAUUAAUUCACAAACUAUAGCGGAUUUUACAUUAUUAUUUGGUUGAUAGUUUUGAAGUGUUUGUCAAGUGUGUCUAAAUGCAAAUCCAUAAUUUUCACUUUAA